UGACCUGCUGUGCAUCUUAGCGGGCAAACCUGGAGUGAAAGCAGGGGCUGCAGAUGUUUCCCCUCUCUUUGGGCACGGGUGCAGGGAUGGUCCUUCAUUAAACCUCAUGCGGGCGGUCACCCACUUCUGUACUGCACGUGGGCCCCCGCAGAGCAGGCGCUGGAUGGCUUCCCGGGGUUCUGCGCCAUGUCCUCAGCUCGGCUUCCUGCAGUGGGACUGGGGCAGAGCUGGGGCAGCACGGCUCUGCCCAGGGAACAUGUUGUGGCACCGCUGCCGUCACCACGUCAUGGACCACGAGCCCAGCUGCGGUCCCCAAGGUGCUCAUCGGCGUGUUAAUGCGCAAGGAGGUGCCAGUUUUGGGUGGCUUGUGGGUUGCCGUAGAUUUGUAAGUCUCUCUGGGGUCUAGCCCUCCACGUACAGCACGUUGUGCGAGAUGGUAGCUGUCCUGUCGGGUCUGUGGGCACUUUAACAGCAGAGCUUUGCGGGGGACCCCUGCAGCCCCUCAGGCCCGUCAUGGGUGCGGAGCACAGCCGUGUGCCUGGCCCAGCCUGCCCGUGCCUGCCCGCCCUGGAGACUCGGUCCUUGUGAAGGUGCUGUGAUGGGGCAGCUGGGGGGUCUGCCUGGGCAGCCAACGUGAAGACCAUCCACGGGCCCUCAUUGACCAGCACCCAGGCAGCAAAUUUCCUUUCCAGGUUUCACCUGGCAGAACAGCUGAUGCUUUGGUAGGUGUCCUAGUUACUGGUAGGUAGGAGAGGGGAAAGCAUGGGGACAGAGGAGAUCAACUGAGCCAUGAUCGAUGCCCUGCCAAGGCACAAACACUGUCAGGCGUGGGAAGUGCUGCUCCUUCCCAUCUAACCCUGCUCUCUCUCUCUCUCUCCACACAGCGUUUCUGGCUCUCGUUUUUUUUGGCAGAAAUUUCAUGUUCUCAUCACCCCUCUCCUCCCCUCAGCUGUGUUCAGCUGCAGCAUCUCCUCUCUGUCACUUCUCUGCUUCUCCUCCUGCCAGCAGGCAGGGAAGGUUCCCCCACCAGCUCUUCGGGGCUGCGCAAGACACUGCUCUGAAAACCAUCACCUUGAAGGAAGAGAAGGGAGCCUGUGCUGCUCCUGGCUGUGCUGUGAGGAGGAAGGAAGAGGACAUUUAUCUGAGCCCUUCUGCCAGGACAGAACACCAAAAUGCAGCCUGUGCCCCUGCACAGCCUUUCGGAGUUGGAAAGAGCCAGUCUGCAAGAGAUUGCUCUCUACCAGCUGCAGGAGAAGCUGCUUGUUGGAGAUGUCAGCCUGGCUAAAGUUGGACCUAAAGGCAGUAAAUCUAUCCGCCAGAAACUGGAGAGCUUUUCCAAGGAUAAGAAAGACUGCUCUCCUCAGACCUUCGGGAUCCCGCUCUUCCAGGUCAUCACCAAUGACCGUGCCUACAGGCAACUGCAGGACGCAGUGAAGAAGAGUCGCCGGCUGUGCCUGGAGGUGGAAGAGACAGUGACAAGGUUUCGGGCUCAGAGGCAGAAGAAGUCCCCAGUGGGCAGGAGCUGUGGCCUGGUACCCUGUGGGGUCUUCCCGGAGGAGCCGCUUUCCCCAACUCUUCUUGACAACAGCUCCUGGAGCCAGCGAAGGGGGGCCAUGUCCGUGGACUCCAUCACUGACCUGAGAGACGCUUCCAAGCUGCUGGAGGCGCUGCAGUUGUCACACCCCCACGAGCUGGACCCACAGAGAAGCCUGGGCAAGAAAAAGAUGUUGAGCCUCAACCCCAUCACCUGGCAGGUCCCGCGGAUUGUGGACAGAUGUUGCAAACACAUUGAGACGCACGGUCUCCACACGGUGGGCAUCUUCCGGGUUGGGAGUUCCAAGAAAAGAGUUCAGCAGCUGAGGGAGGAGUUUGACCGAGGGGUGGAUGUUUUCUUGGAUGAGCAUCAAAGUGUUCAUGAUGUGGCUGCUCUGCUGAAAGAGUUUCUUCGGGACAUGCCAGAUUCACUGAUACCCAGAGAGCUCUAUGCAGCCUUCCUCAGCACAGCCUCCAUGCAGGGUCCGGCGCAGCUGGCCACCCUCCAGCUGCUGCUCUUCCUGCUGCCCCCCUGCCACAGCGACACGCUGCACCGGCUCCUGCGGUUCCUCAGCGAGGUGGCCCGGCACGCCGAGAGCUCCUGGGGCCCUGAUGGUCAGGAGAUUCCUGGGAAUAAAAUGACAGUUUCAAACUUGGCCACAGUCUUUGGUCCCAACAUCCUGCAGAAGGAGAAGCCUGGAGAGAAAGACGCUGGUGCCGUGAACUUUGAAGACAGUGCUGCCAUCAUACUGGUACUCCAGAAGCUGAUUGAGCACUACCAGACCUUGUUCAUGGUCUCUCCAGAAAUGCAAUGUGGCGUCCUAAGGAGGCUCUUUCAGACUGACCCCGAUGUCAUUGACUACCUUCUGCGCAGGAAGUUCAACGCCGUGCCGAGCACAGAGAGUGAGGAUUCAACAGAGGAGCAUGCUCCAUCUGCACUGCCUGGUUGGACCCGCACCCUGGAGAGCAGCUCGGUCUCAUCAGAGCUGUACAGCAGCAUCUCAUUCCUAAACCUGGACAUCGGCAUCUAGCAAGGCUGGGCCAGGUCCUCACACUGCCUUCUGCAGACAAAUCCGGGCAACCUCUCCCCAGUAAAAAAGAAGCCCUCUAUCUUGCUUUGGAGGAGUGGAGAAGUGAAAGGAGUAUGAACGUCUGUGGGAGCAUCUUUUGCUACCAGUAGAUGUGCCAAGUGGUUCUGGUGCAGGCAGACCCACCACUGGAGAGGCGUUUGUGGGUUGCCAGCAGAAAAGCUUUCCACACGUGGGUUUGUUGCUAGAUGGCAACCAAUAAAUCGGUGUGCUUGUGCAGUGGCUGUGCAGGCCCGGCUGUGUGGGCAGCGGUGUGCCGAGGCAAGCGUGCUCUGGGAGCACCAGACAGCCGUGGGCCGCAGCCUGCCUGCAGGGCUGAGGUGCCGCAGUGCCCUCCUCCGCUUCACUGCGCUUCGGGCCCUGAGGUUUCUGCCCCAGCCUGGGGAGGACAGCCUCUCCCCUCCGAAUGACCGCCAGCCCGUGCACUGGGACAGUGAACUGGUGCAGACUGGGGAGCAGCAAGCAGGUGUCCAAUGGCUCGUGCCAUGCUCAGCAGACAGGACUCGGAGUUCUAAAAUGACCUCCAGCUGGCAUCCCUCCAGGCGUCCGCUGGGCGCUGGUGGGGCUGGCUGCUUACGGGGACAGCAGGGGACAGCAGCAGCCUGGGGCUGGGACCCCCUGUGCUGGCAGGGAGGAGCCUGGCCUGAGACAGCACAGGAUGGUGCCUCUUAGCAGGGCAGUGAGGGUGGAAAGUGCAGUUCAACUUUGUGCCCUUGGUGCUUUGGGAUCCCUGUUACUGCGUGGUGUUUUAUCCCAGGCUCGUGCGGAGGGAAAGCUCUCUUGGAGCCAAAGCAACAGCACCAUUGUUGCAAAGACCCUGGCCUGCCACCUCCAGAUUCACAGCUUGCUGCUUUGCUUGAACCCAGGUUUCAAACCACUCAUUUUAUAGACAGAAAACACUGUAUUGAACCCAAAACGUAUGGCUGGUGUAGUAAGAGGGAACAAUAAUCUCUGAAGAUUAUAAACUUCUGUUUUCCUCGA